AUGAGCGACGGUCUGGUGAGGCGAACGCCGCCGUCCCGCGAUCCGGAAAAGUCAGAUCUCGACCUCGGCGAUGAUUCCAAGGGUCUCGCCGAGACCAACAUAAUCCGAGAUGGCCAGCAAACCGUGCACAUCCGCGGUCUCGAGACCAGCCCCGAAACAUCGCUCCAUCGCGGUCUCCAGGCGCGCCACAUUACCAUGAUUGCCAUCGGCGGCGCCAUCGGUACUGGUCUCAUCAUUGGCACCGGCAAAGCACUUGCUCAGGCCGGCCCUGCCUCGGUCUUUAUCUCCUACGUCAUCAUCGGAAUGGUGGUCUUCCUCGUCAUGGCUGCACUCGGUGAAAUGGCGGCCUGGUUGCCCAUUUCUGCUGGUUUCACUGGUUACGCAUCUCGUUUCUGCGAUCCCUCCCUUGGAUUUGCUCUUGGCUGGUCUUAUUGGUUCAAAUACAUCAUUGUUACUCCCAAUCAAUUGACGGCUGCCGCUCUCGUCAUCCAGUUCUGGGUCGAUCGCGAUCGAGUCAAUCCGGGCGUCUUCAUCGCCAUCUUCCUCGUCCUCAUCUGCUGCAUCAACUACUUUGGAAUCCGAUUUUUCGGCGAAUUCGAGUUCUGGCUAUCUUCCUUCAAGGUCAUAAUCAUCGUUAUCAUAAUUCUCUUCUCUCUCGUCUUGGCCCUCGGCGGCGGCCCAGACCACGAUCGCAAAGGAUUCCGCUAUUGGAACAAUCCGGGAGCCUUCAAAGAGUACAUCAACGAGGGACCGAGUGGUAGAUUCCUAGGCUUCUGGUCUUGCAUGGUAAACGCUACUUUUGCCUUCCUAGGUACCGAGCUUGUCGGCGUGACGGUUGCAGAGGCGCAGAAUCCGCGGAAGACGGUCCCUCGCGCUAUCAAACUGACCUUCUAUCGGAUCCUCUUCUUCUACUGCUUCAGCGUCCUCCUCGUCGGCAUGAACGUGCCUUACGAUUCUGAGGCCCUAGCCUUCGCCACCAAGGCCAAGCCCGGCGCCUCUGCAUCCCCCUUUGUCGUAGCCGCCGAAGUUGCUGGUAUUAAGGCCAUGUCCCACUUCAUCAAUGCGUGUAUCCUUCUUUUCGUCUUUUCCGCGUCCAACUCGGAUCUCUACAUCGCCAGCAGGACACUCUACGGGUUGGCUUCGGACGGACAAGCUCCGGCAAUCUUUAAGCGCACCGAUAAACGCGGAGUUCCCAUCUAUGCUCUCGGCUUCUCGGCUCUUUUCUCGCUGCUCGCCUUCAUGAACGUCUCGGACGACUCGACCAAGGUCUUUGGCUACUUCGUCAACCUGACCACCAUCUUCGGCCUCAUGACGUGGAUCUCCAUCCUAGUCACCCAUAUCUUCUGGUGCCGCGCUCGUAAGAGGCAAGGUCUUGCCAACGAGGCACUACCCUACGUCGCCCCGCUUGGUAUCUACGGGUCGUACGGCGCCCUUUUCAUGUGCAUUCUCGUGGCUCUGACGAAGAACUACGACGUUUUCGUCGGGGGCGACUUUGGCAAGGAGAAGUACAAGACGUUUAUCACCGGUUAUCUUGGAAUUCCCCUCUACCUUAUUUUCAUUUUUGGGCACAAGGCAGUCAACAAGACUAAGGGCCUGAGGCCCGAUGAGGUUGACUUUUACACUGGUAAAGAUAUUAUUGAUCGAGAAGAAGAGGAAUUCCUGGCUCGUAAGGCCGCAGAAAGGGCCGCCAAGGGCCCUAGUCGUGGAGGGUGGUUCUACAGGGUGUUUAUUUCUUGGCUGUUCUAG